GGACUACUACAUAACCAUGGUGAAAUGGGCAACCAGCACCAAGGUGGCAGUAAACUGGCUGAACAGGGCCCAGAACGUGUCGAUCCUGACGCUGUGUGAUGCCACCACUGGAGUCUGCACAAAGAAACAUGAAGACGAGAGUGAUGGCUGGCUGCACAGACAGAAUGAAGAACCAAUUUUUUCCAAGGACGGUCGGAAGUUUUUCUUCGUCCGAGCCAUUCCCCAAGGAGGACGUGGGAAGUUCUACCACAUUGCCAUGUCAUCAUCACAGCCUAAUAGUAGCAGUGACAACUUACAGUCUAUUACAUCUGGUGAUUGGGAUGUGACAAAGAUAUUGGCAUAUGAUGAAAAGAGGCAUAAAAUUUAUUUCCACAGCACAGAAGAUUUGCCAAGAAGGAGACAUUUAUACAGUGCAAGCACAAAUGGAAACUUCAACAGGCGGUGCCUGUCCUGUGAUCUGAUUGAAAACUGUACUUAUUUCAGUGCAUCCUUCAGCCACAAUCUGGAAUAUUUCCUCCUGAAAUGUGAAGGUCCCCGUGUCCCGAUGGUGACUGUUCACAACACAACGGAUGCACAGAAAAUUUUUGAGCUGGAGGUAAAUGAAAAUGUGCAGCUGGCCGUAAAUGACAGGCAAAUGCCUAAAGUAGAAUACAUGGAAAUCAAGAUAGAUGAUUAUAGAUUGCCGAUGCAGAUCUUGAAGCCAGCAACCUUUUCAGACACUGCGCACUACCCCUUGCUGUUGGUUGUAGAUGGCACACCCGGCAGCCAGAUCGUAACGGAGAGGUUUGAGGUGGCGUGGGAAAGCGUCAUGGUCAGCUCUCACAACGCCAUCGUGCUGAAGUUCGACGGCCGUGGGAGCGGCUUCCAGGGCACUAAGCUACUGCACGAGGUCAAGAGGAGGCUGGGCCUUUUGGAAGAGAAGGAUCAGUUGGAAGCUGUCCGGACAAUGCUGAAUGAGCCUUACAUUGAUAAAACACGAGUUGGUGUGUUUGGGAAGGAUUAUGGUGGCUACCUGAGCACUUACAUGCUUCCAGCUGGUGAGGAGGAUCAGGUGUUUGCCUGUGGAGCUGCUCUUUCCCCAGUGACAGACUUCAAACUAUAUGCUUCAGCCUUUUCUGAAAGAUACUUGGGCUUGCAUGGGAUUGAUAACAGAGCAUAUGAGAUCAGCAAAUUAGCACACAGAGUCUCAUUACUGAAGGAACAGACAUUUUUGAUCAUUCAUGCUACUGCUGAUGAAAAAAUCCAUUUUCAGCAUACCACGGACCUUAUCACACACCUAAUUAGGGCCAAGGCUAAUUACAGCUUGCAGAUUUACCCUGAUGAAAGCCAUUACUUCAGCAAUCCAGCAUUGGAGCAGCAUCUGUACAACUCCAUUGUCAACUUCUUUGUGACAUGUUUCCAAGUUCAGGACAAACUCCCACUAGCCCCACUGAAAGAGGAGGAAGAUGAAGAUUAACCCUACUUGUCCGUGCUAAGCACAAGGCAGAUCUCUCUGACAAUAUGCAACUGGAUCAUUUUCCUGAAGAAAGAGAUGUUGUUAGCAUGUAUUU